AUGGUCUCCAGAAGGGUCCAUGCUUCCAACAAAACGUUGGCGAGGCACAAGGAGCGCAACGGGAGCUCAGCGACUGUGAAGCUUCUGCUCCCAAGCAAUCACACCGCCAAGACUUCCGCCCCCGACCAUGUUCGGUUGUUCCAGAAGAUCCAUGCUGCAUUCGAGGGCCUCCAGGACAACGAGGAGACGGACUCCUGCGAGACAGCAGAGCCUGGAAUGAGACGAUGA